AUGUGGAUGAAAGCCUGGAGAAAAACCACGGUGAAUCCGGGCAGCAGCUCGCAGCCGCCCCCGGUGACGGCCGGCUCCCUCUCCUGGAAGCGGUGCGCUGGCUGCGGGGGCAAAAUUGCGGACCGCUUUCUGCUCUAUGCCAUGGACAGCCACUGGCACAGCCGAUGCCUCAAGGGCUCCUGCUGCCAGACGCAGCUGGGAGACAUCGGCACGUCCUGUCACACCAAGAGCGGCAUGAUCCUUUGCAGAAAUGACUACAUGAGGUUAUUUGGGAAUAGCGGUGUCUGCAGUGCUUGUGGACGGGCAAUUCCUGCGAGCGAACUCGUCAUGAGGGCACAAGGCAAUGUGUAUCAUCUUAAGUGUUUCACAUGCUCUACCUGCCGGAAUCGCCUGGUCCCAGGAGAUCGGUUUCACGACAUCAAUGGCAGUUUAUCUUGUGAACAUUAUAGACCUACAGCUCUCAUCAAUGGCCAUUUGAAUUCACUUCAGAGCAAUCCACUACUGCCAGACCAGAAGGUCUGCUAAAAGGUCAGAGUAAUGCAGAAUGCGUGCCUUCAUCUCAGAUUUUGUUCAUCACAGGUGGAUCCCAUGUGUCUUCAGUAGACAAGUCACCUUUGUAGCUAGCACCAGUGCCAGCUCCAUUGCACCUUCUUUAGUCUUGAUUGCCCUUCCCGCAUUUAUUGGUGUAUUAAAAUGA